AGGUUGGCAGUUACCACUCCAGUCCAUUUCAUGUUUUAUCACAUGCCGGAAACAUCUGGUCUUCUCUGUUAGCAAAAGGGGAAUCCCCGGCUAUACGAGCAUUCAGUUGCGUCAUGUGUGAUCUUCCCUAAAUGAUCAAGGAAGUGAGUGGAAGACCAAAAUGUUAUAAUCAACACCACAGUCUUAACUUCAAAGUUUCGGGUUGCCUGUGUAGUUUCAAAGUUACUUUCUAGAUGAUGAUCAAACGUAACCUAGCCUAUCGCUAGCUAGAUCCAGACCGUACUGAGUAUUUUGAGAAUUUUAGGGUGUUAUGUUUAUAGUCAUAUGACCAAAAAUCUGCUGAUAGUCACGAGACAUUGUUGUCUGUACCUGUACGGAGUGUAUUUAGGAGGUAUGUACUCGCGUUUAUUGUAACUGACUUUAGCUAUAGGGUGUUCAUAGUCCCCUUUUUCGAGAUUUGUCCUUUUUGGGUAAGGGGAUAGGAAGUGUCUGUGCCUAAAAACUUACGGCUACUAAUUUGUACUCUUCGCAAUCCAUCUCUGCAGUCAUGGGAAACAUUGGAAAAUGUAACUGUAGGUGACUAAGAAAAGUCUUGUAGGCUUUCCGUACCAGCCCUGCUGUUGACAUAGGUCAUAAAGAACAAAACCUUUAUCGGAGUAUUUUUGGAUAUAUUGUAGAAUUUCGCUUUCGGUCUACCCACAGCGAAGAAUCAGUUGAAAUGCAGUAGAAGAACGAAUGAAUAUUUGCAAAGUGCUAUAAACCAGUAUAAACAGCUAAUGCUUUGAACGGCUGAUGCCGCUUAGAUUUUCAUAUGGACCAAUCUAGGUCUGCAGUGGAAGGUAUAAAAGCUCAACAAUGACGCCCAGCUACAGUGUACCCCGGGGGUAAUUUAAGAAUGGUCGGGUAGGGAUAUGCCACUGGGACCCCGGAACCUUUACUCUAGACCUGACCUAGUAAGUUCGGCUGAAUUUUGCUACCCUAAACUAGACUAAGCCUCCAACAUCUCUCCGCAUCCUAGAGUAGCUAUUUUCAGGAAAUUUCAUACUGGGGUGAACACUUUGUUUGCUAUUUAACUGAAUUAAUUGCAGGUAAAUUCAGAUUUUCCGAUUUCCGGUUCCCCUAGCCUAGCGUAAAAUCUUCAAGCCAUUGACCACGGAGUUUUUGAAAAAUGACAUCCUUUUUUUUUUUUAGACACAACCUCUCUGAUUCUAUACCCUACCCAGAGUAGGUUGAAAAACCAGACCCUUAACCCUUUCACUGCCAAAUGUGGCCAAAGGCAAAUUUCGACCAAAUUUCUAAAAUUUUGACAAACAAAUAGCAUCAUGUGAAAGUACAGGCAGAGAUCUUUCAUUUGAAUGGUCACAUCAUAGGAUUUCGUCCAUAGACUGAAAAGGUAGAGUCACCUUACAAAAUUCCAUCAAACACCCUGGCAGUGAAAAGGGUUAAAAGCGGCACAUACCUAUAAACUGAUUUCAUGUAUGGCAGUACCCCCUGGCAGUAUACCCGCCAGAUAGGCCACUGACAGGCAUAUGUACUCAAGGCAAGCACAAUUUGCAGUGUUAGUGUGAAUAAAAUUACAUGACUAGAGAUUAUUCUUUGUCUAUCUGCAUGUCUUGGUAAACAAGGCGGGUCGGCUAAGACAAUCAAUUAAGAAGAAAAGAAUUUCUUUAAUUAUCAAUGUUAUUAGUAGUACUGGCUAAUAUUUUUUCUUUUUUCCCCCUCUUUCCAGCGAUCAUGAAAGUAUGCUGUGGUGCUGUUAAAACGAUAAAGGGUGCUGCCGCAUUGGCUGUCGCAUUUUUGUUCGCCUUUGCCUUGUUUAGACUGGUUGUCGACAUCUCCAGAUUCGGUACAGGCUGUGCACAGGAUUAUUCAAUCUGUAUCGUUUUUGUAGUAGGCCUAGUUGUUGGAGUCCCUAUGUUGAUCAUCUUAUGGAUGUUACAACGGAAAAUGGUAUGAGCUAAAUUUGUACUUAGAUUCAACUGCAGUUGCAAUACUACUGAAACAGGUACUUCGCGAAUUCAAAGAUACGCCUGUCGGUUACAGCACACAAAAACACGUGAACUCUGAAGUUCAAAAGCCAGAUAGUGCUUCCGUUCUUCAGUCCUGACAAUCAUCUUAGCAGACCUCUCAGGAAACAGAAAUUGUCUUCAACGAGUUCAAAAGUUCGUGGUUUGUGGUUUAUGAUUGGUGGAUUUCGAUCCAUGUUUUGGUUUUCUGUGUUUCGCAGUAACGACUUAGGUCACGUGGUUUUGUUUGUCAAACCAAAAAGGUGAGCUCACGUUGUACAAUGGCACAGGUACUAGUUGGAGAUAAAUGCUAAAAGUAGUACUGAUUCAGGCUCCGAAGGCUUUUUAUAGACAUUCAAAGUUAUUUAAGAUUGUUUACUGCUAAGUAGUGUAAAAUCAGCUUGUGGAUGAUAAGUGACAAGUAAUAAGGAAAACAAUAGCAGCGCGCUUUAUCACUGGAUAAUGUUCCUUUAUUAGUGGGAAGCCACUAAUCCAACAUCUUUUAGAGCAAUCGGUGCGAAGGAUUUUUAUAACGUACAGUGUUAUGCACGAAACGGUUUCUAUUUAUGCUGCCUUUGUUUAACCACUACGCCACUACGUUUUGCUCUUCCCUUUCAGCCUAUCUAUUUCCCAGUCUCUUGUGGUCACAGAAAGUUAAUAUUUACCGGAACAAGUUCCAAAUCUCUUGAAGAAAUACUUUUGUGCGUUGAACAAAAUAUCCCGACAGAAGAGGAACUUCGUCACUUGAAAGAAGGAGCUCAAUGUUAUCUGAAUGAUAUCAAGGUUCAGCUGGAAAAGGCAGCAGGAAUGCAAAUGAAGCUUAUCUUUUCAGGAAGUACGGCUGAGAGAUACGGAAUCCCACGGAUGCUGUUAGGUAAUAGCUGCUGCGCUGGUCUCAGUCUUGGUUCUCUUCACACUGAUCUUGACGUCAUGAUUUGCCCCAUGGCAGUAAGAGCUUGUUUUUCAGGUCAAGGGGACAUACAUUUGGCACCCCUUUUUAUCGAUGGCGUCAAGGUUAUUGGAUACACUAAGCUAUUUUGCCUUCCUCCUACGCACAAAACGAUUUGGAGGAGCCCUAUGCUUGUCAUAAAUAAAGUCAAAGAUGCUGUGAAAAGCACCCCUCUUCUCAAUUUUCCUAAGAAACCAUGGUAUGUUUUGGUGCCAAAAAUACAUGUCGAAUCCAAGGGGCCAGCAUUGAAGAUUACCGUGCCUGCUGGUUUUGAGUUGGACGUCACAUUUUGUUUCUACUGCCCUGAGUGGCCAACCAAUAGUGACUGGCCUUCUCGACCACGCUACUGGCCUAGUAUGGCUGAUGCGCAGAGGAUUAUGUCACUUGGCUGUCAUGUGGUAGCAAAGUCGGCACCAUGCGACAAGGAGAACAAAAGCUGGAGAUUCUCUUUCUCUGUGGCAGAAUGUGAACUAUCUAAGCUAGUACCAGAUACUGCAAAGAAAUGUUUCUUGGCAUUGAAAAUCAUCCUAAAGGACCAUCUCCAGCCCGUAGUUCCUGAAAUCGGUUCAUACCACAUUAAAACUAUUUUUCUUAACACUAUGGAAAAAUUACCAGUCGGUUUCUGGGCAGACGAAAACAUUGAAAGAUGCUUUCUAACAUUACUGAAAGAGCUUCGCAUUGCCCUUCGGACAAUGAAAUGCCCACAUCAUUGGUUUAGUUCCAUCAAUUUGUUUUCAAUUAAGGCUGAGAAGUUGCAACUUCUUGCUAAGAAAGUGCAAAGAAUUCUACAGGAUCCAUCUCCUUUUAUCUUGGACGAUGGCUGCUGCUGCGUCUCGUCAUGUUGUGUGCGUGUACCGGAGGAGCACUCUACCUCCCGGGAAAUCCAAGAAAUCAUUGCCGAUUUCGAAGAGAGUCCCAUUUGUGUGCGGGCCAGUGACGACGGUAUGUGUCGAGAAAAUAAUUUUGUGGACCUUUGGCAUGAUGUAAAUUCGCCCAACGUACACAAGGUCAGCGUAAAGGUAACUCCAAACAAAGAGCAAAAUCCCUCCCAAAGGAUGGAAGACCACCAAAUUUUGGCAGAUGAUUUGGACCUGCUUAUUCAGGACGUGUAACUUAUACUGUAAGAAGUACGGUUGUAAUCAUGGCUUAGCGUAUAGUCAACUUUUGUGAAAAGAAUCAUUUUAGGUUCCUUAGAAACGGAUUCACUCGUGAUUAUCAAUACUACGCCAAGAGGGAAAGAUUUUCUGAUGAACAGAAAAGGUUUUUUCCUGAUAAACAGUUCUGAAAAUUUGUCUACUUUAUACUUGAGCUUAAUAACUAUGUAUACAGCUGAUCAAGUGUCUAAACUAUUAGAGUAACGAGGGGAGAACAAGACCCCCCUUAGAGGGGAUUCAUUGGGCUGCCGACAGCACGAUGCAGUGGCGUAACAUUUUGAGAAGUGUAGAUUACAAUUAAGCUUUUUUUCUGGAUUGAGUGUAUAACUACUCCUAACCGGUUAAAUGGGAUAGACACAUAUAUACUUAGCCUUUUUAAACAAGAGGCGAUUGGCGUUACUUUAACUGGGACAUUAAUUUCCCCAAUGUCUAUGCCUCCCAAAAUAAAGCUUAACAGUAUAGCAGUAUAACGUGACGAUUUUGAUUAACCUUUAAGCUAUCGGUCUCUUAAGGUCGUACUUCUUAGAAAGAACAAAUAGUGUUAGAAUUGGAAUUGAGACUUCGAGCGAAUGGAAGGCAAUGUUUAGAGGCUGUCCCUAACGCUCAAAUUUUGGACCACUCUUAUGGAAUGUUUUCCAGAACGACCUGAUCUACAACGCUUUGCACAAGCAGCAUCAAGAUGCACGCAGAUUACCAUCCAAUUUAUGUUAGUGGUGAAAAGAUGGGAGAUGUGGAAACGGGACUUUAACGGACGAGGGAAGGUAAAUCUCAAACUGGUACCAACUCAAUUUGUUGAAAAUAAAUGUAAUCGUGACAAAUUUCAAUCGAUGAGUUUAAGGCAAAGGCACUCAAACGAAGUAAUGAAAAUCAAAGUCUAUGACAAAUACGUAGAAAGUGGUCCAGAAAUGAAGGUAUUGCGUGUCACCUUUAAUGAGCAGCUGAAGUCUAAUAGCCAUUUAGAUGAACGAGAUAGGAUAAUGAUCGAGUUACGAGUCUGAGUUGAAUUAUAGUUGAGUUUGAGUUAAGUUUGAGUUAAGAUUGAGUUGGGUUUGAGUUAGCUUUUUUAGCUUUCAUUUUUAUUUUAUUUUUUAAUUUUUACACUUUGAGAAUGCAAAUGAUGGCAAAUAUUAUCAGCGUUACACAUAUUUUUGCAUGUAAAGUGCGCAAAUACAAUUAUUUUUCAAUUUUACAAGGGAAAGGGUGUAGACAGCCACACCUCCCCUCCCCAGCAGCCUUGGAAUCCCGCCUUUAGUAAGGAUCCUUGACCACAUUCUGAACGCCUGGAACAGGCUUAUCAAUAAUAAGCACAUUAUUUCAGUACUAAAAGAACGUAUGAUUACAAUCGCUUAAUUCCUGUUAUCAUGUUCCUCGAUUUCACCAAGAAGAUCAAGACUGCUGCAGAAAGCACUCUUUCAACAAUAAAUUAUUCUGAAGAAGGCUGAAGUGAAUUAACAAAACAACCUCUUCGUCAAUCUCCGAAAGACUUUGUGCACAAUAGUUCUAUAUUUUAAAACCGUGACUUGCUCUAUUUUGUUUUUUUGAAAUCUUGGUUUUUGUGCUGUCAGUAUUG